AUGGCCAUGGCGGCGAGUAGCACCGCGCGUACGGUAAACCUCCUCGCCUUCUCCAUCUCCGUCCUCUUCUCCGCCAACCUCCUCGUCGCCGCCACCUCCACCAGCGGCUCCGUCAAGGUGGCCUGCGCCAAGUCACCGGACCCUUCCUUCUGCGCGGCCUUCCUCGCUGGCAUCCCAGAGAGCAGCACCGCCGACGCGCGGGGCCUCGCCGAGCUCGCCAUCCGCGCGGCCGCCAAGAUCGGCGCGGAGUUGGGCACCGCGGCGCGCACCCAGCUGAACGUGGUGACCGUCAAGGGCGCGCAGUGGCAGUGCAUGGACUCGUGCGUGGCGGACGUGGAGGAGGCCGUGUCCCACCUCGACGUCGACAGGGGCAAGGCCACCACCGCAAUGGAGGACGCCAAGUUCAACGACGCGCGCGACUACAUCGAGGCCGGCGAGAAGGAUGGGCUGGCCUGGAACUGCGACCUCUGCCGCGAGGGCCUCCCCGCGCCCGUCAAGACGGGGCUGCUGCCCAAGGGCAAUGAGUUCGAGAAAGUCAUGGGGGUGACAGGGGCGCUCAUCAAACGGGCCGUGGGUAGCGCCGCGCCGGCGCCGGCGCCCGCCCCGUCCUCGACUCGGCGCCGUGAGAUAUAA